AAAUCCGAAGUGAAAUUGAGAGGGGACACCCUGCUGAUAACUGCUGAUAAGUCUCUCACCAGCCCCCAAAAUACCCCUGCAGGCCGCAAUGAUUACGCAACCAAGGCUUACUUUUAUCGCUUUCCCUGCCUCGCUCCUAAUCUCCGCUCUCCUAGCCAAACGACUUCGUCUUUUGAUCUCACUACCUCGGAGCCGAUAACAUGACGUCAUUUACAUGAUUUCUCAAUAGCUGAGUUCAGAGUGAAAAGUUAUAUGUACACGUUUUGGCUGCGCACUACUCUGUUGAUUGCUGGAGACAUGCGUAGUUAUCACAUUCGCACCCAGUGUAGUCUAACGAUUCAGCCGAUAUCUCAUUCAUCAAAUUCACUUUUCGUAAACCGGAGUAACAAGGGCCAGUGACAUUGAUAGUCGGCAGUCGUCAUUCUAAUGGCAAGAUGGAAAAAGAUUGGUGGACAAAUUGGGUGGAAGAACAACAAUCUUAUCACCAUGAAAAUAAAUAUGGACGAGGAUGUGGAUCAGCCGUUCCUGAGUCAGACUGUGGACCAGGAAGAUGAUUAUUAUCUCAGACCUGCUUUAAGGCAUGCUGUUGCAAGAGAGAAGAAGCAGGAUCGCUCUUUGGCCAUCAUGACGCUUGUGGCUUUCAUUCUUCUAGUCAUAAUCGCCAUCUGCAUAAUUGCUCUCACAUCCAGGCAAUAUGAGAAGAAAUGCCCAGUGUGUGAUUCAGUGGAGAGCGCUAUGAAUACUAGUGCGGACCCGUGUCAAGAUUUCUAUGAGUACUCAUGUGGUAACUGGAUUGCCAAUGUGAAAGUACCACAAGGUUACUCUAAAUGGGGAAGAUUCAGGGAAUUAUACAACAAGAAUAAUGAUUUACUCUUCAAGCUAUUUUCUAAAGAUGGGUACAAUUACAAUGGAGAUGACAGCGAAGCACUGAGGAAAGCCAAAGAUUAUUACCAAGCUUGUAUGAAUGAAACUGCCAUUGAAGAAGCAGGUUCAACACCAUUAAAACAGCUACUGAACAAGCUUGGUGGUUGGAGCCUUUUACCAAAGAACACACCUGGUAUUGUUGACUGGGAUGAGAGCUUGUUUGAUCUCACCCAAGAUUUGACUGCUAUACAUCUUACAGAUGGCUCCCCUCUCUUUGAUAUGAGUGUGUCCCCCGAUGAGAAGAAUUCAACUGUCAGGACCAUCCAUUUUUUCCAGGAUGGAUUAGGCUUUCCUAUGGACCUCUAUUCUGAUAAUGACACGACACAUGAGGAAGCCUAUGCUUCUCUUGGUGCUAAAGUAGCGGUACUUCUCUCUCUAUCUGAUGACGAAAGUAUAGUCUUAGAGAAUAUAGCACACCACUCCAAUUAUGCACCAGCCCUAGAAAAGAUGAGAAAAAUAGUAGAGUUUGAAGCAAAACUGGGUGAAAUAUUUGUGCCUAAGAAUCUAGUUAUAGAUCCAUCUAAAACCUACAAUAAAAUGACUGUGGGAGAGUUUGCUGAUAAAAUACCUCGGAUCAAUAUGAGCUAUUAUUUGAAUAAGAUAUUUGCCACCACAAUACCUCUUGAUCGGACCAUCUUAGUGCCUACCUUGUCAUAUUUUGUGAAGUUGAAUGAUCUUUUGAUGCAGACUGACAAGAGAAUUCUGGCUGAUUACCUGACGUGGAAUGCAGUCAGGCCUACCCUCAGUUUCCUUCCUAAGAUCUAUGAAGACAUUGUCCUAGAGUACAGCAGUGUCUUCAGCGGAUCCAACACAUCGGCUCCUCUGUGGAAGAAGUGCCUGCACAGAACCGAUGACACCUUUGCCUUUGUGACAGGCGCCCUCUUUGUCAGGGAAGUCUUCCCUCCACAACUCAAGAAUGCGACUCUGGAUUUGAUCCAUUACGUACGAGAUGCCUUUCUAGGAAACCUACCCAAUGUGACGUGGAUGGAUGAUAUAACCAAACAGACAGCAGAGGAGAAAGCUCUUGCCAUCAAACAUAGGAUAGGAUUCCCAGGCUGGAUUCAAGAUACAGCCAAGUUAGAUGAACACUAUAAGGAUGUUAAUAUAACAGCCUCUAGUGUAUUUGAGAAUGCCAUGAAUAUCCGACAAUUUUCUCUGAAAUACAUGAGAGACCAUUUUGAUGAACCUGUUGACAAGGCAGAAUGGGAUAUGGGACCUGGUGAAGUGAAUGCAUACUACUCGUCAACUUCCAAUGAGAUAGUCUUCCCCGCAGGCAUACUCCAGGCUCCAUUUUAUGAUAUAUCACUUCCAAUGUCAAUGAACUUUGGAGCUAUCGGCAUGGUGAUGGGUCAUGAACUUUCGCAUGGGUUUGAUAACCAUGGUCGUGAGUUUGACAAGGAGGGCAACCUGAGGGACUGGUGGGGUAACGCAUCGGCUCUAGCUUACAAGACCAAGACAGAUUGUAUGGUAGACCAGUACUCAGCCUAUGAGAUUGGAGAUAAACAUGUGGACGGGGUGUUUACACUAGCUGAAAACAUCGCAGAUAAUGGUGGUCUGAAGCUAGCAUUCCAGGCCUAUCGGGAAUGGAACCAGACAAACAACGACACCAUGGGGUUCAUGGAGGACCUUGGUUUAUCUCUUGAUCAUCUCUUCUUCCUUGGUUUUGGUCAGGUGUGGUGUAGUUAUGCUACACCUCAGAACAGGCAAAUGGCCAUCUUGACGGAUGCCCAUACAGCUGAAAAAUUCAGGGUAAAUGGUGCCGUAUCCAACAUGCAAGAGUUUGCUGAUGUCUUCCAUUGUCCUCUCGGGACACCUAUGCAUCCUGAAAAGACAUGUCAAGUGUGGUAAACCUUAACAAAGCCUGAGAGUUUGGGCGAUCCUCUUCAUGUAUCAUGAUCGAUAUUGAUCGAUAAUGUUGAUAAUUAUCCCUAAAUUUGAGGAGUCGAAUGUUGAAUUCAAGACAGUAUCAUUUCCUGUGUGAGGGCUGCAGUGGCACAUCUAGCCAGGUUGAACACAAUACCAUUUCAGGGGCCAUAAUGUUUUUAGACAAAAUAGUCAGCUACUUGAAACUAUUGUGUCUAAUCCGGCUAGAUCCAUGCCUAGCGGGCUGUAUGUGCUCGCAUAUUUGUGAUGCAUGGUGGGUAAUAUAGACCGCUGACAGUAUAGCGUAUCAAAAGGGGAAGCUCACCCUGAAACCAAGUUAGUAAUAGAAAAAUAAUAAGUAGAGAAACAAAUUCAUGAAGGUUCUCUUGAAAUCCAUGAAGGAAUAAAAUAGCUAAGAAUUUUGGAUAAAAAUGUGUGAUGUCACAUUGGAAGCUGCUGCCCUAUAUGGUAUGCAAUUUACUUUCUAUGAAUUCCCCAUUUUAAAAUGGUUCAUGUGGACUAAAAAAAAUUCAUCCUAUAAUGAAUUACAUAUUGUGAUGAUAUGAAGGGUUCCAUGACGGCGACAAUUGCUCCGCUGUAAAUUCCACAUACUGGAUUGACUUACUUCAAACCUGGGUUUAACACUAUACCCUACCCUACACCUACACCUACACCUAACCCUAAACAUAACAUAAUAUCCUCUUGCAACCCUAUCCCUAACUCUCAAGCUAAGACGAAAUAAAGCCCAGAGUAUUUGUCGCUGGAGCAAAUGUCGUGUCACCAUAUAAAGAAUGCAUUUGUAGGAUUAUUACCAAUUUUAUGAGAAAGUAGCAUUUUAUGGAUUUCAUUCACACAUAUAGAGGAGCUGUCCGUACGUGACAUCACAAAAUUAAAACUUUUAAAGAUUCUGUUAUUCUUUGAUGGAUCAUUGCCAAACCUUGUUUAAUUUUAUUCGCUUUAUAUUUUUUCUUUUACUAAGGCCCACUUGAUGCCAGGUUGGAUUUCCCCUUUAAAGAGAUCAUUAGAAAACUUAAGAAAAUUAUUCAAUCAUGCAAAGUGAAUUGUUCAUUCACUAAAUAAAAAUGAAACAUUGCACAAACAAGUGUGUAUUAUAGUUUAUUUUUGUUUUGUAACGAGUCAUAGAUAUCAUUUUUAUUUUGUGCGGUGUUCACUCCAGUUUUUUUUAAAACAUCAUGUUCAAAAACUUAAACUUUAAUAGAACUCUAUCCUCUUUACUUCCUAUCUAUGUAUAUAAUUGUAAAUUAUUUUUUAAAUCUACAUUAUUUCUCCAUACAUACCAAAAGAAUGUUUAUUAUAUGCAGUAUAUCUUGAAAAAAGAAGUGCCUUUAUUUAUCAUAUUGCCAACAAUGUGAUGAUAUCACACUCCACCAAUCUCAAAUUCUAUCCUGAUUAAUUACCACUUAUUGCUUGCCAUAGUUUACAAUUAACCUGUUAUAAUAUAACAGCACAGACGCAACCAAUUAUGUCAUAACUCUGUAGACCGUACCAGGAGGAUAAUUUGAAAAAAGCAUGCUAAAAAAUGGAAUUAAUACCAGUUGUCAUUUUUUCCCCCCCAUCAUUUUCAGGUGUGUGGAAGGGGGAAUGAUGUAAUAGAUCACCCAUCCACCCCCCCCCCUCAACGGCUAUAGAUAUGUGAUGCCAUGCUAUUCAAGUGUGUGUGGGAGGAGGGGAAUCGGGGAAUGUUGCAAUAGACCCCCCCCUUACCCUUCUCCAAAUAUAGGUUUAUAUCUUCAAUCUACGCCAGUGCAUAAACUACCUGAGGCAAGAUUUAAUAAUAAUUUCUGAAUUCAAUUGUCUAAAUUAUGUUAUUUUAGAGAUGCUUUCUAUAAUGAUAUGUGCAACUUUUAAGAUUUAUUAAAGCUUUACAUAUGAUUAUAAGAUGUUAUGUACAUGUAUAUUAAUGUAUAAAGAUUUUUUUUAUAUAUAUAAUAAGUUCUUUCUUCCAGAUUUUCACUUUAGAGUGCAUUGAUGACACAGUACUACAAUAUAUGAAAAAAGAGUUUAUGUUUAUGGUAUCUCGAAUAAAUAUUUUACAAUUUGUGCCUUAAAUGUUUCCAAAAGUGACAUUUGCUGCAUGUUUUACAAUGAAAUGAAUGUUAUUUUAAAUGAUUUUUAUGAUGUGGAAAUUGUUUACACCUUAAGGUAAUACCUUGAUUUCUAAUAUCCGUAUUAGCCCAUAGAAAAUAAUUAUGUAGUUAUUUAACCUGUACCAAAAAACCUGUAUGCUAGCUCAAUUUAUUUUCAGCAAAUCAUCAAGAAUGUAGAAACAAAUUUAUUGUUCGCACAAUCUUUUCACAUUAAAGUGUAUGUAUGUUUUUUUUCUUAAAAUUGUAUUUGCAUUCUUAGUCUUCAGAUGUGCUUCAAGUAUUGUAACUUGUGGUAGUAUCCAAGGCAAUACUUUUUAGUCAGAAUUUUUUUAAAAUCUAAGAUACUGAUGUAUAUAGAGUACUUAGCUAAUGUAUUUAUUAGGUGUCACAGUAUUUGUCACAAAGAUUUCAGUUUCCAUGUAAUGUAGAUUACAGAUCUCUGUAUCAUAUGUUUAGGAUUUAAAAUAGCUUAUGGGACCGUCACCCAAAAGAAGAGUUUAAAAUUUCAAUGUCAAACCCAAAUUGUGCAAAAAAAAAUCUGUUGAGAUUUUUAAAAGAAAUAACAAACUUGUGUAAGAAAAGGAUGGCUUAUUGGAAUAUCUAUUGUAUUCUUUGUAACAUUUCUUUCACUAAUCCCCAAAUUAGACUGAGUUUAGAUUCACAUGGCUUUCUGAAAAAAUCAUUUCUUACAUGCCUCAGUAUUUCCUUAUUUGCAAUGCAUAAACAAUCCACAAAGUAUUUGAUCUUAAAUCAAAGAAGAGAUUUAAUUCCUCCUAUUGAUAUUAAUUAAUGUGCAAAACAUAGUUAAUGAUUGUGACAUCAAUAUCUCUAAGAACAGGUUUCCUUUCUUGUGGCACACACGUAACUUUUUUUUCAAAAAUGCAAAAACUUGCAAACCAUUUUCUUGCCUGCAGUCUUUUGUUUCUUGUGUUGUAAUAAGACGAAACAAAAAUGAACCUGUUAUAAAUCAGAAAUUCUUGUUUAAAUUAGAUUUUCUACAAGUCAUCAUGCUCAGAAGUACUAACUUUUAUAUUUCUGAUGCUUGUCUUCUGUCUUUCCUUACUUUCGUGCAGUAGAGUUGAGUGGCUCAAAGAAAAGGGGGAAAGGCUGAUGAGAAAAGCUUGUAUCACUCAAGGUUUUUUUAAAUUUAAAUUUUUUAUGAAAAUCAGUGUUUUCAUGUACUUAAGUUUAUGUUUUAAAAGUUUGUUGAUGUUUGUUUCUGUACAUGUAAGUAUAAGCUUUAAGUUAUUCCUUGUUUUAUUAAUGAGAGAAUUGUUUAAAAUUGUCUUGUUUUCUCUUUCUUCAUCGUUUUGAAUAUGAAUUUCGUUAGACAAGAAAGGUGCUGGGAUUUGCGAUGUAGACCAACAUUUCUCCUUGGUAUUGAAAAUGAUUGGUAACAUGAAGUGUAAUACAUAGUUACAACUCAUCGUGUGAAUAUUAUUAUUUUUUGGUUGCUUUUGGAAUAAAUAAAGGAUGUCUAACACCAUA